AUGUAUAGCUACUUUAUGCAAAAUAACCAAGGUAUAAAUGAAAGCCUAAGAAGCUCUAUUAAGGAGCGCAAUUUAGGAGUCAUUUUUACAUCUAACCCCAAGUGGAGUACACAUAUUCAAUCAGUUAUCUCCAAAUCUUUACAAAUUCUUGGUAUGCUAAAAAGGACAUUCACCAUCGUUGAUGAAAAAAUGGCUCUCAAAUUAUAUAAAGUUUGUAUAAGACCACACCUUGAAUAUGCAGUGUCUGUUUGGGCUCUGUAUUUAAAAACUGACGUAGCUUUGGUUGAAUCCGUUCAACGUAAAGCAACAAAAUGGGCUUUAAACUUGAGAAAUCCUCAAUACUAUGAAAGACUUAAAAGACUAAAUCUACCAUCACUCGAGUUUCGGCGUCUACGAUACGAUCUAAUACAAGUUUUAAACUAA